GCUUCCUGGAGCUGAAGAGCUGCAGAGUCUCCCUGCUGCGCCGCUCAGAUGGCUUUGGUCGGUAAAAGCGCGGUGGUGACCGGGGCGGCCGCGGGCAUAGGGAGAGCUGUGGUGGAGAUCCUCCUGCAGAACGGAGCCAAGGUGGCCAUGUUGGACAUAAAUAAGACUGCAGGGGCGAGCUCACUGGAGUCCUUGAAACAGCAGUACGGCGCAGAGAAAGCUUUGUUCCUGAAGUGUGACGUCGAAUCAGAGGAGCAGAUCAAAGAUGCUUUUCGGAAAACCACAGAAACAUUCGGGGGAAUCGACAUCUUGUGCAACAAUGCUGGGAUCCUGAACGAGACCACAUGGGAGAAAACCAUCUCCAUUAACCUCAUGAGCGUCAUCAGGGGGACGUAUAUGGCUUUGGAGCAGAUGAACAAGCUGAAAGGAGGGCGGGGAGGAGUCAUCGUCAACACAGCCUCAAUGGCAGGUAUUGGUCCGUUCCUGAGCUGUCCCGCCUACACUGCCUCCAAGCACGGAGUGGUCGGAUUCACGCGAGCCAUGGCCGCUGCCUCUGAUGUUUCGGGAUACGGUGUUCGGUUUAAUGCCGUUUGCCCCGGUUUCGUGGAGACGGAGCUCUUGACCAACAUCCCAGUGAGGCUGGGGCAAUUCUCUAACCUGACCGACGCAGCGAACAAAUUAGUGGAAGUGUUGGGGACUUUAACUGUGUCUGACGUAGCCGAUGCCGUCCUGGAGCUGCUGACAGAUGAGACGAAAAAUGGACAAGCCCUCUUGGUGAUGCCUAAAGGAAGGAAAUAUGUGGAGUUUCCGACAUUUAUUCCACAACAGUAAAGGGCUUCAGUGCUCCAUAAUAAUAAUAAUAACGGUCAACCUGUUGAAUGAGUCCUAAGAUAAAUAAUGAUCACUUGUUUGGGUUUAAAUGUGGAGGUCCAGCUCCUUCUUUUGUUCUUAUGUUGGUUCUGUUAUUUACUUUUUUCAGAUUUUUGUUAAUUUUCUCUAAUCAUGUAUCGAGUCAAAAGAAGUUGUUACGUGCUCCGAGCUACGUAGAAAUUUGAAUUAGCAUCCAUCCAAACUGAGUGAUACAUAAUGUUACAUAAUUUAUCUUGUUUUUAAGAGGUUUUUUUAAUUGUUCAACUUUAUACUUUAUUCCAAAAACAAGAAAUCUCGUCAAGUGAAAUUAUCCUGCUGCAGCGACAGAUAAUUUUCCAUGGUUUGAGUACUUUUCCCUUCAGAUUUUGCAUUUUAUGCUGAUUUUAGACACAUCCUUUUUUGGCAGUGCAUCACCUGCAAAGCCCUGUUGAUCAGUCAUGACCACCAUCAUCCUUUUUAGACUCCUCCCGUCCGCUCGUAGAUUCACACAGAUAUCCUUUAAAACAUCUUGCCUUGGAAAAAGAACCAUUUCCUCCGCCAUCACACCUCUCAACACCCUCAGCAGACAUU